AUGCUGGACACCAUCCACACUGCGAUCCUAGAGUCGGGUGGCAAGAACCUGUUCUUUACACUCUCCAAGCUCUCUUCAGAGGAGGUCUUUAGUAUUUGGGACACCGUUUCUGAAUUUGUUGAAAAGCAACUCUCCAUGAAUAAGGGUGUUUCAAUACCAGGGCUGGGCACAUUCUCCUUCUUAAGGCAGAAGCUUGAAAUCGGCGCCAACAAGCACAUCCUCGUCCAGAGGCCAGUGUUCCUUCUGUCUGAGAAACUCGUCCAGAUUCACGGACUGAAGCGUAACAAAGUACACAUUCCCGGUGAUAUCCCAGUUGUGCGGCUGAAUUUCAUUGUGCUAUCCCUGGAGGGCCCCUUUAACAGGGAGAUCGUGGAAGGAUGUGUCCGAGAGACCCUCUUGUUCUUCUCGCAGUCCAUCGCCCACAAGCAGAACGUGGAGUUCACUUUCAAGGGGAUCGGCGUCCUCAUUAUCCGGGACAACAAAGUGAAAAUGAAAUUCUACAAAGACUUCCUUCAGGCCAUGGACGGGAGUGGGAACUUGCUAAAAGCACUUGCAAACAGGCCAGGGACUGGAGAUUCAGUGUUGUCAAGCAAGGAAACCACAGCUACACUUUCCCGAAACGUUGUCUUGUUUCCAAGGAUGGAGAUGAAGGACAUGGAAACGAUUGCCGAAGAAGAUGAGAAGUCCAGCAAAGAGAAGGAGCAGUCGGAAAAGGAGAACAGCAAAAAAGAAAACCUUUCGCCGAAGCGUCUUCUCUGCCGCCAGUCCAUGUCCCCGGCCAAAGUGACGGGGGUCUGUUUGACGGAAGAGCUUGAGAAGAACUUUGGCAAAGCACCCCCUCCGAGGCCGGCGGCACCCGUUUCCGAGUUGAAGCCAGAAAAGGAAGCCGUCCCUAUUCAAGUUCCUGCCCAAGUUCCUGCCCCCCAAUCCCGGACUCCGUCCCCGCUUUGUCAAGAUCAUGGUAGGGCAGGACAGGAAAUGUGCUACUUGUGCAUGCAGCGUGCUCAGAGGAACAUCCCCGUUUACUUGAAUGAAGAGAAGAGGAGGAAGGAGAAGGAGGAGGAGAGGAUACUUGCGCAGUACCUAGCCCUGAAAGAUCAAGAUGCCCUGCAGAAGCAGCAGAUAAGGGCCUUGGCCAGCAGAGAGCAGAACCAAAAGAUUGCCGCGUUCAAUCUUGGGGUCGCCGAAGCCUUAAGAAGCCAGAAGAAUGAAAAAGCUCCGGAAACUUACAAAUCCUACAUUUUUGAGAAAAGGCCGUUAAGUGCUACCCCUCAUCAAAAGCAGGAGUUAUACUCACAACAGCUGGCAAUACAGUUGGGGGAGAAGACCACGAGAGAAGCCAAGCUGAAGCAGGAUCAGGAUCUUGUUGACCGUCUGGAGCAAGUGCACUUAGCCGAAGAGUUAGCUGCCCAAAGAGCGAAGUAUCUCAAGGACAGGACGGCCGAGAUGCAGUGUUAUAAGAAGGCGUUGGAUUCGCAGAUCAAGAUGAAGCCGGCUCCACUGCCUCACUGUGAGCCCAAUUCGAACGAGGCCAUCUUUGGGAAGAACGACUUGAGCAAAGAGAAGGUGGAGGAGAGAAGAAAGCGAUCCCAGGAGUUCUCCAGACAUCAACUGCAGGCUGCUGCAGACCGCAAGCGGGCCGCGAUCCUCAGUCAGCUGAUAGAGCAGAGGAGGGCAGAAGAAAUGAUCCAGAGGGCGAGGAAGCAGUGGAUCGCCGAGAAAGGAGCCCGGCUUGAGAGAAUCUUCCAGAUGAAUUUAGCGGUGAAGGACGACUGGAAGAAGAGCGCCGGCCUGAAAAGGCAACGGGAUUACGAAGAGAAACUCUUUCAGCGGGCCGGAGACAAGCUCUUUCUACUUGAUCAGUGCGCGAAGUAUCGGCGUUGCUACCAGUGCAAGCGGCGCCUGAGUGGCUGUGGGGAUGGCAACGAAUGGACAGACAAUAAAUACGUCCCUGGCUCCCGGUUAAUGGUUUGAAGAAACGUCACCUUUCCUGCUUCUUCCCUUGCCCGCUUUCGUCUUGUAAAAACUGGCCACGGCUGAUGAUUUGGUC